GCAGGGCGGCCAGUGCUCUGAGGCGCGCCCAGUCCGCGUCGCAUCCUCCGGGCGGGACCGUCGUCUCCUCGCGCAGCGCGCCCACGCAGCAAAGAAGCGCGCCACUCUGGUCGCGGGGACCCGGCUCACCUCCGCGAUGUGCGAGCCGAGAGAGUCCCGGUGACCACGGUCUCAUUCAGCUCCUCGGCCGCGCCAUGCCGGAUGCGGUGGCGACAUUUUGUACCCCGAGUCCGUGAGCAUGAUAGCCUCCCUACCUGCAUCCGGCCGGCUGCUGCACGACGAAGGGGUGCACGAUCUGGGCGAUGACGUCCACGUGCACGAACUGCGGCCGACGCCCACGCCGUCACCGGCCGGGGAAGACGACGUCGACGUCGACGUGGAGCCCGGCGACGGAAAGAUAGGAGGAAGAACCUCGCCGAGGGCGGCGAGCGGCGGGAGCCUUCUCCAGGUCAGCUCCACGACGAGGGAGCACGGAGGCCAUCGCGUCCAUGGAGUCCACGGGAGCACGCGCCGCGACGCGCGCGACAGGAGGCGCGCGCGGAGGUCGCCGACAGCCGUCAUCUCCAGCACAAGCACCAGGAAUCACUUCUCCAUCGAAAGCAUCCUCGGCAGGAGGAUGCGCACCCCAAGCCCGAGCUCGGGCGCCUCCGAGGAGUCCGGCACGGAGGUUGUCAUGGACUCGGAGGACGACGCCACUUCCACGUCGAGGUCCACGCCGCGGCCGCGUACUCCGAACGGGUCGGCGUCGUCACCCCCGCUGUCCGCAGACAGGCUCGGUGACCACCGCGUCGACCUGUGGAGAGUGUUUCGCGUGGGCGAGGACGGCGACGGCGGGGCGACCCGGCCGGCGGCCGACCCGGUCCACGACCUGUCCGGGGCGCUCAUCCGGAUGCAGCACCUGCACGGGCUGCACGGGCUGCACGGGCUGUCCGCGCUGGCCGACCUCAGCGGGCUGGGGCUGUCGGCGGGGCUCCCGAUGGGGCUGUCCCUGCCGGGCCUCGGUGGGCUCGGCCUGCUCGGGCCCACCAGGACACCGCCGUCCCCCGAGCACCGCGGCCAAGGCUCCGCCCCUCCGCCAGCGCCGGCCCGCGGCGCCGCCCCCAGCCCCGGGGGCCCCCGCGCCGGCUCGCCGCCCCCGCCGCCCACGCGACCCGCGCGCCCUGCUGCCAGCCACCCCGCGGUGCUGCCCGCCCUGCCGCUGCCCGCCCCCUUCCACUACCCCGCCUCGCUGCUGUACGGCGGCUGGCUGGCCGGGGGCCUGGGCGCCGCCAAGGGACCGCCGCCGCUCUUCGGCAUCCAGGCUCCCAAGCCGGCGGGACGGCGCUCCAGGAAGCCCGGGCUGGACCGCAAGCCCCGGCAGGCGUACAGCGCGCGGCAGCUGGAGCGGCUCGAGACGGAGUUCAAGGUGGACAAGUACCUGAGCGUGAGCAAACGAAUGGAGCUGUCCAAGGCGCUGAGCCUGACCGAGGUCCAGAUCAAGACCUGGUUCCAGAACCGGCGCACCAAGUGGAAGAAGCAGAUGACGACCCGCUACAAGCUGGGCGCGCCGGCGCCCGCGCCGCCGCCGCACCAGCACCCCGUCAGCCGGCUGUUCCCCGGGCCGCCGCCGCCGCCUCCGGCCGCCGCGGGCGGGCCGCCUCCCGGGACGCACGCGAGCUACUUCCCGCCGCUGCCGCCGCCCCCGCUGCACCACAUCAGCGCCGCGACGUACUACAGCAGCGUGGCGGCCGUCAUGGCGGCCGGCGGGUACGCGGCCGCGCACGGCGUCGCCGGCGACGCGCCCGCCGACACCGCGGCCGACGCGGAGCAGCCCGGCGACGAGGAGGCGUCCUCCUCCACGGACGUGGUCUCGGUGUAGAGAAGGUGGAGGGAGGUCGGUGUACAUUAAUAAAAAGUGAUGUGAGUUUCAUGCGAGCAGCAU